GCAUUAAGUUAGCAGAAAAAAAAUUAUUUUAACACCUCAUUAGACAGCUAUAUAGGUUACAUUUAAAUACACUUGGAUUUAUUUAAAGGUCUUUUUUAGAAACGAAAACUUAGUACCUAUGUCAUCGGCUGCCGUUUCUUUUGUGGCAUUAAUUUCCAGGAAUAUGGCCGCUGGACGCUUUUGCUUUCGAAAAUAUAUGCAAACGGUUCAUGUCGGAGAUAAUAAUCAAUUUUUCAGGGUCCCAAUAAGGUUCGUUUCUACCUCUAGACCUGAAAUAAAAGAAAGUUUUCCAUGGAAACAACACUAUAAAGAUGUCUUUCCAAAAGAUCGUUUAUUUCAUCGACUUAUUGGAAUGUUUCUUUUCCGACGCAUGCUGAAACAUGCAAGGAUAUCAUUUGACUUAAAUGAAUUUGCUGCUGGUGUCAGGGAGGCAGUAAAGGUUGUAUCAGUGUGUAUAUGUAACAAAGAUGUGGAUAGUUCAUUGCAAUCAUUUUUGGGUUCUGUGUUAUGCCGCCAAUUUAAAAUUGGCUAUGGACAACUCAAGCAAGAAAAUAAAGACUUAUACCUAAGAGUUGUUGCUAUUGCUAAUCUUCAAAUUGCAGGAGCUCGAUUUUUACUUGGAAAUGCUGAUCCUGGAGAUGAGUACGUCUUUGAAACUAUGGGUCAGAAAAUCAUCCUAAGUAAAAGUGAAGUUGAAGAAUUUGAAGAAGAACACCCUGGUGAUGGUGUACUAGCUGGUUUUAAAUAUGGAAAACGGUUUGGAGAGGGAGCAAUUGCAAAACAAGUUCGUUUUCAAUUUGAUGUGAAGUUUCAAACUAAAGAAAGCAUGUUAAUUGGUACUGAAAAAUAUAUCGAGUCAAAGGAUCAUGAUGAAGCUGAUGUAAAAGUAUGUUAUCACAAAUGGACGUUCGAAUCUCCUGUGAACGAGAUUUAUAACGAUGGCACUUUGCUAGAUUGGACCAUAGUAGACAUGAAUGAUUAUGUAAAAUAUAAAUUUUAUUCUAAAGAAAAAGAAAUAUCCUAACAAA